AUGGAAUCUCCUCAUCACCCUCCAACUGUCAAUCUGCUCAAUAUUGAUCCGCGGAAUCCAUACACUCUAUUCUCUCUCUAUAUCUCAGAGUCUGAUAUUCAGAAUAUUGCCUGUUCCACCAAUGCCUACGCAGAGAUUCAGAUAUCAAAGAACUCAGCCAUCAAUCCCCGGGAUUGGCAGUCAACCACUCCUGCAGAAAUCAAGGACCUCGAGCUUGUGCCUGGUGUCAGUAUAAAAGAAAGAGAGCAGAGCAGAAUAAGGGUAGAGCUCCAAGAUCAAGAUAUGGUUGUGCUGCAUGCCACUAGGGCAAUCCAAUCCCCCCAACAAUAUCCAUCCAGUGUCCUCAACUCCUCUCCUUUCCACAACCCAACUCCUCUCCCUACACCGUGCUACCUCCCCGGCAUCCUCAUAUUCCCGUAUCCCUCAAUUGGCCUAUCAUCGCAAAAAAUGGCGAUUACCAAGAUCCAUGCCCGCUCGGUCUACGACUCUCGCGGAAACCCUACCGUUGAGGUCGAUGUCGUGACGGAGACCGGCCUUCACCGCGCUAUCGUCCCAUCCGGUGCCUCGACUGGUCAAGCAUGA